AUGAAUAUGUUAUUCCACCCGAGAGCUUCUACACCUAUUAACUUAACAGCUUUAAAAACAGCUUUAGACGGCCACCCAGAUGAAAAUUUUGUGAACUUUUUAUUAGAUGGCUUAACUUUUGGUUUUGACACCGGUUUCCAGUUCCUACCAUUAAACUCGUUUGAGUGUUCCAAUCUGAAAUCAGCUCUGGCGGAUCAUGAAAGCGUGACAGAUUUAGUCAACAAGGAAGUAGUCAGAGGAUACCUCCUGGGUCCUUUUGAUCAUAUCCCAUACAAAAACUACCGAAUCAACCCUAUUGGCCUUGCGGAGCACAAAUAUUCAAAGAAAAAACGCCUCAUAGUUGACAUGUCGGCACCCCAUCAAGAUGUGAACAAUCCUAGCCUAAACAGUUUGAUAGAUAAGAUAACUUGCUCUCUUAAAUACACUUCUAUUGACGACGCUAUUAGGGUUAUCAAGGAAUUACAUCAGAAUGCCUGGCUUAUGAAAACCGACAUCACGGACGCUUUUAAAUUACUCCCAAUUAAGCCAGAACUGUGGCCCUAUCACGGUAUAUGUUGGGAUGGAAAAUAUUACUUUUUCACUAGGCUGGUUUUCGGGAGUCGCUCAAGUCCUAAACUUUUCGACAAUCUCUCCCGUGCCAUCUGCUGGAUAGCUCAGAACAAAUAUAACAUUCAGCACAUCCUGCACCUUCUGGAUGAUUUCCUCGUUAUUGAGCCGGCAUCCGCUAUCGCUACUAGAACAAUGUCCAGCUUCCUUAAAGUGUUUCAAGAUCUCAAUAUUCCUAUUGGAGCACACAAAACAGUGGGUCCAGUUACCUGUUUAGAAUACUUGGGGGUGUUUUUGGACUCUACUCGUAUGGAAUGUAGACUUCCAGCUGAGAAAGUAUCUCGUAUCAUAUGUGUGCUAGAGUCUUUUGCUAAUAGGAAAUGCUGCACGAAACGCGAGCUACUAAGCUUAUUAGGACACAUGAAUUUCGCCACACGUUGUGUUAAACCAGGAAGAUCGUUUGUCUCGCACCUCAUUUCACUUUCAACUUCUGCGCGCGAACUUCAUUUUCAUGUUAAAUUAAAUGCGGAAUGUCGUUCGGACCUAAACAUGUGGGCUUUGUUUUUGAGGAACUGGAAUGGUGCUUCUUUUUUCCUUGAUGAUCAUGUGACUAGUGCAGCUGACCUCCACCUGUUUACAGAUGCUACUAAUGUAGCUUUUGGUGGUAUUUAUAAAAAUCAGUGGUUCCAAGGUGUUUUCCCUGCUGAACUCCAGCGUUCUGAACCUUCAAUGGCCUUGUUCGAAUUAUACCCCAUCGUUAUGGCGUGUGUGUUAUGGGGCCAUCAGUGGUGCAAAAAGCGUGUUUUGUUUCAUUGUGACAAUAUGGCAACUGUCGACAUUAUUACUAAAGGAAGGUCUAAGGUUAAGAGCAUUAUGAGACUAGUUAGAACUUUAACUUUUCAUUCAGCUAUGUACAAUUUUAUUGUGCAUGCUCGGCAUAUACCUGGAUCUGAUAAUAAUAUUGCUGACGCUAUCUCCCGUUCACAGAUGUCAAGGUUUCGGAAACUGGCUCCUCAGGCAGACCUUCAUCCUGUUCCUUGCCUCCCAAUGGUGUCAAUUAUGAUGACUUAA